AGAUUUAGGAGUGAGAUUUAAAUAAAUAAAAGAAUUGAAUAAAUUAUUGUUAGAGAAAUAUAUGGUAAUAUAUAGUCAGUCUAAAUUUAAGAUAAGACCAAAAAAUAAUGAGUUAAAUGAAAGAGUCCAAACAACUUUCAUAAGUAGAUUUUUUUAGAUUCCUUCCCUUUUAAUAAUAUUGAUACGAUUAAAAAUCAAAAUGGUAAAUAUAGUAAUAGUAAUGAUUAAGAUUUAUGAGUGAGAUUUAAAUAAAUAAAAGAAUUGAAUAAAUUAUUGUUAGAGAAAUAUAUGAUAAUAUAUAGUUAGUCUAAAUUUAAGAUAAGACCAACAAAUAAUAAGUUAAAUGAAAGAGUCCAAACAACUUUCAUAAGUAGAUUUUUUUAGACUUCUUCCCUUUUCAUAGUAUUGAUACAUAAUUAACUGUAUUUAUAUAUUUUGGUUGUGUGAUUUUAAAUUUAUAUUUUGGUUAUAUUUAAAAAUAUAUAUUUUAUGUUAAUUCAUGUACCCUUAACCAAAACAUCUACUAUAUUUUAAACAGAAGUAGUAUGUUACAAUCUUGUUAGAAACAAGAUUAUAAUUUGCAUUUUUAUCUUCUCCAUCUUAACAAUUUUUAUCUUCUCCAUCUUAACAAACAUUCUUCUUCUUCUUUUUUCUUGUCCCACAAAUUCCGUUUUCUUCAUUGUUAAUCUCACCUCUGGUUUGGCCCUUUUCUACGGGUAAUUAACUCCGUUUCUGAUUACUUUUCUUUCGUACCACAUUAUGUGCUUGAGACAGUGAUUGGUUCGUCAUUUGCUGACAAAACUACAAAACAGAACAAGAGUUUCUUUGUUUCAAAUUGUCCCCAUGGUUGUUGUAAUGGAUCCUCAUCGUUGCUUUAUAGGCAGGGUAAUCUGAAAUUCCCAGCGCAUCAUUCAUUCGAGAAUCUUCCCUCGUUUGGUUUAUGAUAUUGUCAAGGCUGUGUAUAUACAUAGGUUGCGGUCUGAUUCUUUCUCAAAGAGCUUGAAGAUGAUAUAUGUUCAUGGAUAUUAAGAGCACAUACAUUGACCAUUUUUGAAAUGUAUUACGAAAGAAUAAGAAUUUUGCUUUUCUUGGUUUGGUUCUUGUGAGACCAUGAGAAUGGAGACUCCAGGAAGCUCAAGUAAGAUGUUAGGUAGAGAUAGGUUCCACGGUAAUGCAGAUUUUGGUAAUGAAGAUAAUGUUUGCAAUCAGACAGGGGAGGUGUUUUCAGAUGAGUUCUUGAAGGAUUAUAGUGCUCAAAGAAAAGCUAGUAAAAAUGUUGAAAAGAGUCAUUAUGGGGAUUUCAAUCGAGCCCUUGGGAUCCAGAGAGUUAAUUCCGGAGUUUCAGAUGUUGCUGACUCGCCUUGGAUGUACCAAACAGCAUCAGAUGUUUCAUUACCUGUAAAAUUGAAGCUUCUAUGCAGUUUUGGGGGAAGGAUCUUACCGCGGUCUGGUGAUGGGAAGCUUAGCUACAUUGGAGGCGAGACUCGGAUAAUAUCGACGUAUAAGCAUGUAGGUUUGAAUGAGUUGAUGCAAAAGACAUUUGCUAUAUGCAACCAUCCUCAUACAAUCAAGUACCAAUUACCAGGAGAAGAUCUUGAUGCACUAAUCUCCGUUCGCUCGGAUGAAGAUCUUCUUCAUAUGAUUGAAGAGUAUCAAGAAGCUGAAGAGAAGGCUGGUUCCAAGAGGAUAAGAGUGUUUCUUGUGUCUUUAACUGAGAACAAGAACAUAAACCAAAACACAGAUAUUGAACAUUAUCAAUAUCUUUCAGCUCUUAAUGGUUUUGUGGAUGUGAGUCCUCAAAAGAGUUUAAGUGGGAAAAGUCAAGCAACAACACAAUUUGGAACUGCUUCAGAUUAUAGCCCUCCUUUAAGUCAUAGAGACUCUCCUACUUCUAGUCAUUACAUGCAUGGGAUUCAGAUACCAUAUGACCUCCCAUCUCCUUCAUCAGCACACAAGAGAUCCAAUACCGACACUUCUUACUUCGUUAAUCCAUAUGGAGUCUAUGAUAAUAACUUCCCGUUCAUGGUUGCUCCAAACUUUCCACAGCAGAAUCCUUUCUUGUUUGAGACGAACCAUCCUGAGAGGAACUUCCACAGGAGCCCCGGUGGGAAUGUUUUUCCUCAUCCUCAAACCGGUCCAGCCUAUACUGGGUCUGGGAAACUUAUGCUAAAAAACGUUGUUUCUGAUCCACAGUUGCAUGAUAAGAGCCAAAUAGACAACCGGUUUGAAGCAGUCACAAAACCUCCAUGGCAAAUGGUGAGAGAGAAGUCACCUUCUUUAGCUAUGUCUUUUGGUUCAGAGAUAUGGGAAGAGAGUGACUUCUCAUUCAAGAAUCCACAACUAGUAAACAACGAGACUCAACUCACCACAGAAGUUAACAAAUGGAUGAACCAUGAGGAUCCUAGCUCCUUUGAUCUUGCUUCAAAACAACUUGGAGUUAGUGAAUCUAGUAACUCCUUCAGUCAAAGUUACCAUAGAGUUGUCAGGAUUGCUUCAAUCGGUUCACAAGACUCAGGAAGUUCUGUGUUCUCUUUAUCCACCAAUACCAACGAGAAUCUUGCUGAUUGUUUGGUUAGAAAAGAAAAUCUUGAUGUACUCCCAUGUACACAGAUAUCAUCUAAUGAUCUUUACAGAAAGAAUCUGCUCGGUGAAAGGGUCCUAGUUGAGGAUGUUACAAACGAUACUACUAUUGUUCCUCAUGUACAUAUUAAAACAGAUGAUAAUAACUACUAUACAAGAGAAGGAGAGAAUACAAGUGUUUGUUCCGAAUCUAGAGUAGAGGAAAAAUAUGGUAAAGGAAACAUUACUGAUGAUGCAGUGGGAGAAGCUGGAAUCUGUAACGUACAGAUUAUAAAGAAUACAGAUCUUGAGGACUUACAUGAGCUAGGAUCUGGAACAUUUGGAACUGUUUAUUAUGGGAAGUGGAGAGGGACCGAUGUUGCUAUCAAGAGGAUAAAGAAUAGCUGCUUCUCUGGUCGAUCAUCAGAGCAAGAACGACAGACGAAAGAUUUCUGGAGAGAAGCUAGGAUCUUGGCGAAUCUCCACCAUCCAAAUGUGGUGGCCUUUUAUGGGGUUGUACCAAAAGGACCUGGUGAAAGUAUGGCGACUGUGACUGAGUUUAUGGUUAAUGGAUCUUUGAGACAUGCCUUGCACAGAAAAGAUAGGUCGCUUGAUAGGCGCAAGAAGCUGAUGAUAACGCUAGAUGCUGCAUUUGGCAUGGAGUAUUUACAUUUGAAGAACAUAGUUCAUUUUGACCUAAAAUGCGAUAACUUGCUUGUUAACUUGAGAGAUACGCAACGACCAAUAUGCAAGGUUGGUGACUUUGGAUUGUCAAGAAUAAAACGGAACACGCUGGUCUCUGGUGGAGUUAGAGGAACACUUCCAUGGAUGGCACCUGAGCUGUUAAAUGGAAGCAGCAACCGCGUCUCUGAGAAGGUAGAUGUUUUCUCAUUUGGUAUCGCCAUGUGGGAGAUAUUAACAGGCCAAGAGCCUUACGCAGAUAUGCACUGCGGCGCCAUAAUAGGUGGGAUUGUGAACAAUACGUUGAGACCAUCGGUGCCGGAGAAAUGUGAUCAGAUGUGGAGAGAGUUGAUGGAGCAAUGCUGGUCGUUUGAUCCGGCGAUACGACCAUCGUUCACGGAGAUUAUUGAUCGGCUCCGGCUAAUGUCAGCUGCCUUGCAACCCAAGCGACGAACCCAAACCACCAGCCGAUGAAGUAAAAAGAGUACAAAUUAUUGUAAAGCUACAAGAUUAAAGGAUGAAUAUUGUAAAUUAGUAGUAAUAUUUAUAGAUAUAUACACACGUGGCAGCUUUUGUCGGAGUAAUGUCGUUGUAUCCAUGAUAUAAACGUUGAAUGCAUGAAGACCUUUUGUGUAAGAACAGAAAAAAAUGUGGCCGGUGACAACUUUUUUGUGUGUUGAAUGCGUUUGCUUUAGCAAAACAUUGAGACAUUUGUCUAUAGUAUUGCUAAAAAAAAAAAGAAUAGAAAGGUAUAGCAAGCAAUGAGGAGGAAUGCAAGAGGGUUGUUUUUAUUGUUAAUGAUAAAUAUGAGGCGUAAAUGAAGUUAGCGGAAAAGGUUGGGGGUCAAUGGUGUAAAUAAAAAAAGGGUAUGAUCCGGAAGAUGGGAAUGAAUACACGGCACGUACUUCAAAGCUCAAAACGGGCGGGGUACACGUCACGCCUAAUCUUAUCUCAUUGUCUCUUUCUCAGUUUAUCAUCAAUCUUUUUUUCUUAUUAGCCCACCGAACC